CGCGGGGCUCGGGGCUGCGCGGCGGGGGCGCGCGGCGGGAGCGUCUGUGCGCGUCGCGGGCCCCCGAGCGCGCGGGGCCUGGCGAGAACGCGCGCUGCCGGGCGCGGCGUGGGUACCCCAGCCGCGGGCGGCCGCCCCACAGCCCCUGACACGACCAUGGCGACUGACAUCACUCCUGAAGCCAUUGGCUUCCUGUCUGCUGUAGGGGUCUUUAUUGUCCUUCUGGCCGUCCUUGCACUCUUUAUCAACAAGAAGCUGUACUUUGAAACCGUAAGAGGCCGCAUACACCCAGAACAAAGAGGGACGAGGAAACAGUCUUUGAGGGAAAAGACUGGGGGCCACACAGGACCAGUUAACAGCUUUGGGGAUGAUGAAGAGCCAUCCACAUCUUCUGAAAGUGAUGAAGAUGUGAUCAAGCAGUUUGAGAUCUCUGUGUCCCGUUCCCAGAGUUUUCGUACAGGAGCACCGGAGAAGGGAAAGACAACAGAGUUGGAGCCAAAAACAAAAUGCAAUCAUUUGCUGCCCAUCCACCAAGAAGAUAGUGCUGAAGUGUCUGCUUGUGAAGAUUUGGAUGGAACCAGCCAACUCAGUUAUUCUGAGAUUCUGUCUUAUGAAGAUCACCCCAUCCUUACCCAUCCACAGUCUCCUUGUGAGAGCAGAGACACCAGACACCAUGGCUCUUGUCAUCAAGAGACUGACCUGGUCCGAAGCCUUAGUCGUCCUUGUGCGGAUGGCAUCCUGGAGACGGAGACAGAUUUUACUAAUCGGGGCUUUGAAGAUCCCUAUACGACCCACAGCUCCUCUAUGUGGAGUUCAGAGGAGCACGAUGGAACCAAUCGGCAGGUGCCACCCAGGCUGUUGGAUCCUAUCUCAAAGUGCGGCUACCUAGAUGUCCUCUUUGAAUAUAGAGCUAUAACCCAGAAGCUCACGGUGACCAUUGUGAGAGCACAGGGGCUUCCAGAUAAGGACAGAAGUGGUGUCAACUCCUGGCAAGUUCAUGUUGUGCUAUUGCCCAGCAAGAAACAGAGGGGUAGGACAAACAUCCAGAGAGGGCCCAAUCCUGUCUUCAAGGAGAAGGUCACCUUCUCCAAGCUGGAGCCCAGAGAUGUGGCUGCCUGUGCUGUCCGAUUCCGCCUGUAUGCUGCCCGCAAGAUGACCCGAGAGAGGAUGAUGGGGGAGAAGCUAUUCUGUCUCAGCCACUUGCACCCAGAAGGGGAGAGGAAAGUGACUCUGGUUCUGGAGCCAAGAAGUAAUAUAUGUAGUGGAGAGUCUCCGCUCAGCCCAUCUGUGGUGUCUCACAGUGACAGUGCUUCAUCCACACAGUCGCUGUCUCAUGGAGGGGUGCCAGAGCUGUUGGUGGGACUGUCUUACAAUGCCACAACAGGGCGAUUAUCUGUGGAAAUGGUCAAAGGCAGCCAUUUCCGCAACCUCGCUGCUAACCGAGCUCCUGACACAUAUGGAAAACUCUUCCUCCUCAACUGUGUGGGUCAAGAGAUGUCCCGGUGCAAGACAUCCAUUCGGCGUGGUCAACCCAAUCCUGUCUAUAAAGAGACCUUUGUCUUCCAGGUGGCCCUCUUCCAGCUCUCUGAUGUAACUUUAAUGAUUUCCAUUUAUAGUAGGCGCACCAUGAAGCGUAAAGAGAUGAUUGGCUGGAUCGCUCUGGGCCAGAAUAGCAGUGGGGAAGAGGAACAGGAGCAUUGGGAGGAAAUGAAGGAAAGCAAAGGCCAGCAGAUAUGCAGGUGGCAUACAUUGCUGGAAUCCUAGGCUUACCAAGGGGCAUUUGUGUGCUGUAUCAAUCAGCCUUGAUUAUCUGACACAAA